GCUUAUGCAACUUCUUUUCGGUAGAAUCAUCUCUCGAUUGUCCACAGGUUCAUAUCUAUCACGGUGGAAACCUCAUGAUGGCUACGGGUAUACCCACUAUACACUCAUCUCAAUCUCCAUCAACCCUUCCAUCGAUCUCCAUUUGCAUCUCGACUCCCAUCCCCACAUUCGACCUAUCCCUCGACACGCCUUUCCCGAUAACCGUCAUUCUGAAGCUGCAUUACCACCAACCCAUUACGUUCCGAAGACGCGAAGAACACUUUUUUGUUACUCCUCUCGGUGACCCUGGCUUAGUGUUCACAAACAUUCGCACCGGGGAGAAGCAAAUUGGAUCGAGAGUCUUUGUACAUUACAUGAGCACAAAUGAAGAUGGUCUACCAACGGAAAGGAACAAAGAGGGUUGGCUUACACUACAUCCGGGUCAACCUCACACUCUAGAUGCUACAAUCGAACCCAUAAGUGGCGAAGGUCGAAUGAGGACUAUUGCUGAGAUGGAGAGUGGAUCAAAUGAGCGGUUCGCGACGCUUAAAUGGCCGUUGGUUCAUGCGCUUUUAGAUGGAGAGGUGUACGAGAUUAGCGUUAGUAAGGAGGCGCGCAUAAAAAAGUGGAUGGUGGGGGACCUGGGAGAGAUACUAGAUUUGAGGAGGUCAAAUUUAAUGCCAAUUAUCAAGGAUGAGGUGAUCGACUUUGAGUUGAAGGAGACAAGUAGAUUUGAGGUGAAGAGGCCGGAUCGCGAUGGUAGUCUGAACUGGCCAUGAAGAGAGAACAUCCGGAGUGGAGGAGUGUCGUUGGUCUUUGCUAUAACGUUUUAGCGCAAAUUGGGAUAUACAUUUCAGCUCAAGUAAGAACAUUAACGAGUAAACAACGCCCAAGCACCCAC